ACCAUCUCCAGAGGAGAGGACUCCAACGGCAGAACCAGCAGAACCAGUCCCACGGAGUGUGGACUCUCUUUUCCUCCCGGGGCUCCGCUGCUGCCUCUCGGCGCACAUUUAGGCUCCAACUCGGCGCCUGGACCGUUCCUAUACUCACCGAACCUGCCGCACUCUGCGGUCCACACGCAGCCCGGAUACUCGCUCUACUGCUGCCCGAACUUCUCUUACCCCAGCUAUCCCAGCUGCCGCGGAGCCUUUUACCCUCAAGCACCGAUGUCUAAAGUCAACUCCGGGUUGCAUUGCUUUAAAACGAAAGGAGGGAAGUCCAAACGCAUGCGCACCAGCUUCACCAGUGAGCAGCUGUCGCGGUUGGAGAAGGAGUUCGCGCGGCAGCAGUACAUGGUUGGAUCAGAGCGGGUCCUGCUGGCGUCAGCUCUGCACCUGACGGAGGCACAGGUCAAAGUCUGGUUCCAGAACCGACGCAUCAAGUGGCGCAAGCAGAGUCUGGAGCAGCAGCAGGCCAAACUGGUCAAACUGGGUCUGGCCGCUCCACCACAGAGUCCAGGGUCCCAGGGCAACGGGGACGAAGGCGAAGACGAUGAGGAAGGAGAAGAGUUUACUGACUCUGAUGUGGACAUUGAUGUGUCGGAUGAUAGGCACAGGUGGGUCCACAGUUCAAGAGUCAAACAACGGACCUUAGACCCAGACACACUGGGACAGACUCCUGUCCACUGCCUCCCUCUAACCUCUGCCUCUGUCUUCCAGGUCAAAGUCUGGUUCCAGAACCGACGCAUCAAGUGGCGCAAGCAGAGUCUGGAGCAGCAGCAGGCCAAACUGGUCAAACUGGGUCUGGCCGCUCCACCACAGAGUCCAGGGUCCCAGGGCAACGGGGACGAAGGCGAAGACGAUGAGGAAGGAGAAGAGUUUACUGACUCUGAUGUGGACAUUGAUGUGUCGGAUGAUGCAACUGACCACCGCUGACCCACUGUGGACCACUGCUGACCCAUCUGUCAGAACCCCGUUCAGACAUAGACAUAGACUGUAAAUAACUGAUGAAUAUUUAAUAGAUGUAACCUUUUCUAUUUAAUUUUUUAAUACUCUGAUCUGAUGUUUGUAUAUUUGGAUAAAAUAUUCAGAAAUAUAUUUUGUGACAAAAGACUAAAAACCUGUUUCACUCCUUAUUUUCCUGAUGAGCCAAAAACAACUGGAACAGAGAGGGGUUCAAAGAAAAAAAAAGUCAAAGAUUUAAUGGCUGUUCAUGGUCAAAUAAAGCCAGUAACAGUGAAAAAAACAAAAACUUAAAAAACAAAAUUCACCUCAAUAAAAACAAUAAUCUUCAAUAUAAUAUCAUUAAUAUAAUAUUAUUAAUAAGUAUACCUUUAUAAUUAGGUUAACUGAUUGAUCAUUAAGA